AAAAAUCUUCGACCAUGAGGCAAAGAUAACCCCAAUGCAGGAUCUGGUUCGCCAAUGGAAAGCCAAACCACUACAUGGUCGGUAUAGGAGCCGCAUAGAAGACAACGCCAUUGACACGAAGGCUUCCCAAGGAUGGUUGCAGUCAGGCGGCAGGCAAGAAUCCACGCCAUAUUCACAGAAGUUCAACGCAAUCAGCAAUACAAGUGGAAGACAGAAAUCCACGCAGGUACCCAUUUACCAUUUCCUUGAUUCAGUCAAUAUAGCGACAAAUGCUACUUUGAAUUUCGACUCGUAUUACAUGUGCAGGCAUUCAACAGCCUAG